CAUUCCUCGAAUGACGAGUUUAACGUCAUAAUUUAGAGACAGGAAGUCGAGGAAAGGGGCUGCUCGAUUUGCUUCUGUAGUACCGUUCUUUUUUUCGAUGCGAUUACGUUGAUACUUUUGUCAGAAGGUGGUUACACAUUAUUCACUACACGGUCUUUAGGCUUUGUUUCGGCUGAGCCUGCGGUUGCCAUGGCGGCUGCGGGGGGGCAGGGGGGGGCGAUGUCCGCACGCGGGGGAACAGGGGCCCGGCGGAUGAAGUGGGCUCUGGAGCUGAGCCUGGGGGGCAGCAGGAAUCGAGGGGAUGCUCUGUACCCUGUGGGAUAUUCGGACAAGCCGGUUCCUGACUCCAGUGUCCAAGAGACGGACAGAAAUCUUGUGGAGAAGAGGUGUUGGGAUGUGGCUCUGGGCCCGCUGAAGCAGAUCCCCAUGAACCUGUUCAUCAUGUACAUGUCUGGGAACACCAUCUCCAUCUUCCCCAUCAUGAUGGUGUGUAUGAUGGCCUGGAGGCCCAUCCAGGCCCUGAUGUCCAUGUCUGCCACCUUUAAGCUGCUGGAGAGCUCCAGUCAACAGUGGCUUCAAGGCCUGGUCUACCUCCUCGGAAACCUUCUAGGGUCAGCAUUGGCCAUCUACAAAUGUCAAUCAAUGGGACUCCUACCCACUCACUCAUCUGAUUGGCUGGCAUUCAUUGAACCUGCUCAGAGGGUGGAGAUAAUGGGCGGGGGCAUGCUGCUCUGAAGACGUGUCAGAAGGACGACCUGAUGGGCACACACGCACGCACGCACGCACGCACACACACACACACACACACACACACACACACACACACACUCACACACACACACACUCUCACACACGCACACACGCACACGCACACACGCACGCACGCACACGCACACGCACUCGCACGCACACACGCGCACACACGCGCACACACACACACAAACAAGCACUGAGACGCACACACACACGCUAGCUUUGUUCCUUCUGUCUCUGGGCCCUGAGCUGAGCGCUGCUGAUGGUAUGGAACUGCUGCCCUCAAGUGGCUGUGUGUGGAACUGCUGUUCUCUCUGUAAUUAAAGUUGUUUGUGCUUUA